GCCGUGGCUGCCUUGACGCCUCCGGGCUCGGCGAUGGCGGGCAUCGUCUUGGCGCUCUGCUACUGCUGCUGCCGCCCCGGGAGCGCUCAGAUGGUUCUGCCCGGCUACCCCGAGGAGCAGGGGCUUAGCCUUUACCCGCCCUACUUCAACCUGGCGGAGACAGCCCGCAUCUGGGCCACGGCCACCUGCGGCCAGGACGAGAGCCAGAGGCCACGCCUGGAGCUCUACUGCAAGCUCGUGGGGGGCCCAGCUGCUUCCCCCGCGGGCCAAACGAUCCAGGGCCAGUUUUGUGACUAUUGCAAUGCUGCUGAUCCCAACAAAGCCCACCCAAUAACCAAUGCUGUAGAUGGGACAGAGCGUUGGUGGCAGAGUCCUUCUCUCUCCCAAGGUUUGAAGUAUGAUGAAGUAAAUGUCACUUUAGACCUAGGACAGUUCUUUCAUGUGGCCUACAUCCUCAUCAAAUUUGCAAACUCUCCUCGUCCAGAUCUGUGGGUAUUAGAAAGGUCGGUAGACUUUGGAAGAACUUACACACCGUGGCAAUUUUUUGCUUAUUCUAAAACAGACUGCUGGGAACGUUUUGGAAAGGAGGCGAAUGUUCGUGUUAAAAGGGAUGAUGAUGUCAUAUGCACUACAGAAUAUUCCCGGAUUGUGCCUCUGGAAAAUGGUGAGAUUGUGAUAUCCUUGGUUAAUGGCCGUCCAGGAGCAAAUAAUUUCACCCACUCUCCUGCACUUAGAGAAUUUACUAAGGCAACAAAUAUCCGAUUACAUUUCCUCAGAACUAAUACUCUACUUGGACACUUGAUAUCUAAAGCUCAACGGGAUCCUACAGUGACUCGCAGAUAUUACUACAGUAUAAAAGACAUCAGCAUUGGCGGACAGUGUGCUUGCAAUGGACAUGCUGAUGUCUGUGAUGCAAAAAGUGACCAAAGCCCAUUCAGGUAUCAGUGUGUAUGUCAGCACAAUACUUGUGGGGAAACCUGUGACCAUUGCUGUGAUGGAUAUAACCAGAGACAAUGGCAACCUGCAACAGCCACCAGAACAAAUCAGUGUGAACCCUGCAACUGUCAUGGGCAUGCCAGUGAUUGCUAUUAUAGUCUUGAGGUUGAACAACGUAAAGAGAGCUUAAGUCUCUCUGGACAGUAUCAAGGUGGAGGAGUUUGCAUCGACUGCCAGCACAACACAGCUGGUGUAAACUGUGAGAGAUGUUUGAAGGACUAUUAUCGUCCUUACGGUGUUCCAGUGACAGCACCAAAUGGAUGUAUACCUUGCAGCUGUAAUCCAGAACAUUCUAAUGGCUGUGAGGAAGGAUCUGGUCACUGUUAUUGUAAACCGAAUUAUCAGGGCAAGCACUGUGACCAGUGUGCUGAAGGAUACCAUCAUUUUCCCUUCUGUGACAGGACUUCUGUUUAUCCUGCUGCUACUCCAGGUCCUGAAGAUCCUUCAGCAGGUCAUAUACUUGGUUGUUGGUGCUAUGGCUCAGGCGUAUUGGACAGCAGUGAUUGUGACAGAAGAACAGGACAGUGCAGAUGCCGUGUUGGGUUUCAGGGGAUUGCCUGUGAUCACUGUGCAGUGGGGUAUUUUCACUACCCUUUUUGCCAAAGGUGUAAUUGCAAUGCAGUUGGAUCUGUUGACAAUACAUGUGGCCCUCAGGGUCACUGUUUUUGCCAUAGAAACUAUGCUGGGCCACAGUGCCAACAGUGCGCUCCUGGUUACUACAACUAUCCCAGUUGCUUGUCUUGUCAGUGUUCAGCCGAUGGCUCCUACAGCGACACGUGCAAUUCAGCAACAGGGCAGUGUGAAUGUCAACCAGGUAUGACAGGUCAACAGUGCGACAGAUGUCUUUCAGCAGCCCACCACUUUCCUCAUUGUCUAGGUGUCAGCAGUGAAUGUGACCCUGCUGGAACUCUUGAUUCAUAUUCUGGCUAUUGCCACUGUCUGCAAAAUGUAGAAGGUCCAGUCUGUAGCAUCUGCAAGCCACUAUACUGGAAUCUGGGUAGAGAAAACCCUGAUGGGUGCAUAGAGUGCCAGUGUGCUGCAGAUGGAACUCUGAGUGGAGUUAGAGAAUGUCAGCAGGUGGAUGGCAGUUGUUACUGCAAACCAAAUGUUUGUGGCGACUCCUGUGAUACUUGUGAGGAUGGUUAUUACGGUCUUGAAGGCCAGAAUUAUUUUGGAUGUCGAGGAUGCCAGUGUGAUGUGGGGGUGUCUGUGAAUAAUGUGUGCAGUGGUCCCUCGGGAGCCUGCCAGUGCAGAAGACACAUUGUCGGAAAGUCCUGCAAUGAGCCAGAAAAGAACUACUUUUUUCCUGACUUACAUCACCUGAAGUUUGAAAUUGAAGAUGGAACAACUCCAAGUGGAAGAAGAAUCCGGUUUGGAUAUGAUCCUCAAGAAUUCCCUGACUUUAGCUGGAGAGGUUAUGCACAGAUGUCCUCUAUACAAAAUGAAGUGAGGAUAACUUUGAAUGUGGAGAAAUCAAACCUCUAUUUAUUUCAUAUCAUCUUGAGGUAUAUUAAUCCUGGAACUGCAGUAGUAUCUGGUCACAUAAUCACUUAUCAGUCUCGACCUCAGAAAGGGACGACUCAGACCAAAGUCAUUAUGUUCAUGCCCAGCAGGGAGCCAGUGUUUGUAACUGUCCCAGGAAACAGCUUUGCAGAUCCAUUCUCACUUGUCCCUGGAACUUGGAUUUUUAAAAUCAUGGCAGAAGGGGUUCUUCUGGACUAUCUGGUGCUCUUACCCAGUGACUACUAUGAAGCAUCCAUCUUACAGCUGCCAGUUACAGAGCCUUGCACAUAUGCAAGACGUGCUGCAAUAGAUAAUUGUCUAGAGUACAAGCAUUUGCCACUGGAUCAGUUUUCUUGUGUGCUUGGUUCAGAAGUAACAUUUUUCCUGCAUGGAGGAGAGUACAGAAAAGUAGUUUUCCAGACGCCAGCAUCCCAGCAUCCAGUAAUGUCACAUAUUAGUGGUCAAGAGGUGGAUUUGAACAUAAGACUAAAUGUUCUCCAAGUCAGCCGCUAUGUGGUAGUCCUGGAGUAUGUUAAUGAACACGAUCAAGUAUAUGUUGCUGAUGUAAAGAUUCAAGACUCUGAGGAAGCGAUGGAGGCAAAGGUGUAUAUAUACAGCUGUAAAUAUAGUUUCCCAUGCCGCAGUGUUGUGGUCGAUGCCAUGAAUCGAGUGGCAGUCUAUGAUCUUUUGGCUGAUGCAAAAUUACACCUCCAUGCAUCAUCACUAGAUUUCUUCCUACACAAAAUUUGCAUUAUUCCUGCAGAAAGUUUUUCCUUAGAGCACAUGAAUCCAAAGGUACAUUGUGUUGCAGCUUAUGGUCCUACUCCUGAUUCAAGUGCCUCAUGCAUCCCCUCACAAGAUGAAACACCUCCAUUUGCCUUGGUUUUGGAUGCUCAGAGGGAUGGGAAGGUUGUAGAAGCAGAAAGCAAUGCCUUCUAUCAGGGUUCAGGGAGUUCUUCAUUACUGUCUUCACACCUAGCUAGUGGAGUAACUUUGACAUCUUCACAGAACCAAAUUACCCUGAGUGGCAGAGUGACAUAUUUGGGCAGAUAUGUAUUCAUCAUCCAUUUUUACCAACCAGAGAGCCCAACAUUUCCUGUGCCUGUUAUUGUGGAUGCAGGGCAUAUAUGGUCAGGCUCCUUUAAUGCUUCAUUUUGUCCACAUAAUGCUGGAUGUCGGGAUCUGGUGAUGGCAGAAAAUCAAAUUGAACUUGAUAUCCCUCAGCAUGAAUUCUCAGUAACCUUGACAAUUCCCAGUGGAAAAAUACUAGUUUUGGAACAUGUCUUGGUUAUCCCAGCAAAAAGUUACAGUUAUACCCUUCUUCACAAAGACACUGUUGACAAGUCAUUUGCUUUCAUCAACCAAUGUGGUGGAAACAGUUUUCACAUUAACCCCAUAACUUCCUCAGAAUUUUGUCAAAAUUCUGCAAGGUCCCUUGUGGCUGCCUACAAUGAUGGAGCUCUGCCUUGCAAUUGCCACAGAAAUGGUGCCACAAGUCCUACUUGUAACCCUGUUGGGGGACAAUGCAGCUGCAAACCCAACAUCAUUGGUCGGCGGUGUAGCAAGUGCCAAACGGGCUAUUAUGGUUUUCCAUUUUGCAAGAGAUGCAGCUGUGGGCGGCGUGUUUGUGACGAUGUAACUGGAAAAUGCAUCUGUCCUCCUCAAACCAUUAAACCAAGAUGUGAAGUAUGUGUGAAGCAGCACUUCAGCUAUCACCCAUUCGCUGGCUGUGAGGCAUGCAACUGCUCAAACAAAGGAAUAGCCAAUGCAGCAUAUCCAGAAUGUGAUAAAAUUGAUGGGCAGUGCAAAUGUCUCACAGGGAUAACUGGACGACAAUGUGAUCGAUGUGCUGCUGGUUCCUAUGGUUUUCCUGACUGUAAACCCUGCAAAUGUGACAGAACUGGAACAGAACCUGACAUCUGUAAUCCACAGACAGGAGUUUGCCUUUGUAAGGAGAAUGUUGAAGGUGCACAGUGUGAUAUGUGCCGUCCUGGUUCAUUUUACUUGGAUUCCGCUAAUCCAAAGGGUUGCACCACUUGCUUUUGUUUUGGAGUAACCAAUAAAUGUCACAGUUCAAAUAGACGUACAGCUAAGUUUGUUGAUAUGAGGAACUGGCACCUAGAAGAAAUGGAUGGUACGGACAUCCCUAUCAGUUUCAAUCCAAGCAGCAACAGUGUAGUUGCUGAUGUUCAAGAGUUGCCUCCCUCUGUGCAGAAUUUGUACUGGGUGGCACCACCAUCUUAUUUGGGAGAAAAGCUCUCUUCAUAUGGUGGCUACCUGAGUUACCAGGUGAAAACCUUUGGCUUGCCCAGUGAAGGCAUGAUGUUGCUGGGAAAAAGACCUGAUGUGGAGUUAAUGGGAAAGCAGCUGAAAAUAAUCUAUGUGGAUCCUAACAGUCCUUUGCCUGGGAGGCAGUAUUAUGGAUCAGUUCGACUAGUUGAGGGAAACUUCAGACAUGCAAACACCAAUAAGCUGGUAUCUCGAGAAGAGCUGAUGACAAUGCUGUCUAGAUUGGAUGGAUUACACAUCAGAGGGCUGUAUUUCACAGAAUCUCAGCGGUUAACGUUGAGUGAGGUUGAAUUGGAAGAAGCCAGCUGGAAAGGAACUGGCAGUAUUGCCUAUAAUGUAGAGAACUGUUCCUGCCCUCCUCAGUAUGUUGGUGAUUCAUGUCAGGAGUGCAGCCCUGGAUUUUAUCAUGAGAACAAAGACUUAUUUGCAGGACAGUGUGUCCCUUGCAGUUGUAAUGGAAAUGCAAAUACAUGCCAGGAUGGCUCUGGGAUUUGCAUUAACUGCCAACGUAAUACUGCAGGGGAGAAAUGCGAACAUUGUAAAGAAGGUUACUUUGGAGAUGCCAGUCAAGGAACGUGCAGGGAAUGUCGCUGUCCUUAUUCAAACAGGUUUGCUGUUGGCUGUGUGGAAAAUGGUGGAGAAAUGCAGUGCUUCUGCAAAGAAGGAUAUACUGGAGUGCACUGUGAAAGCUGUGCUCCUGGUUAUUUUGGCAAUCCGCUGAGAUAUGAAGGAUACUGUCAGAAGUGUUAUUGCCCUAAUAAUGGUCAACUUGCAAGCUGUGAUCGCCUGACUGGGGAAUGCAUAAGUCAAGAACCAAAAGAUGUAGAACGUCAUGAAGACUGUGAUUCUUGCGAUAGCUGUGUAAUUACUUUGCUGAAAGAUUUGAGUAAAAUGGGCGAUGAGCUCCAUCUGAUUAAGUCGCAGAUGCAGAGUCUUAACAUGAAUGUCCAUGCACUGGAGCAGAUGAAGAAUCUGCAAAACCAUGCCAAGGACCUAAAGGCUCAGUUGAACAACUAUCGUUCCAUUAUUAAGACUCAGGGCACAAAAGUGGAUGAACUGGAAACGGACUUGAUUGACCUUAAUCAAAACAUUAAUGCUUUGAGAGAAAAGGCUGAAAUGAAUUACAGAAAAGCAGAAGCACUGUUUAAUAAUUUUAGAAAGACCAACCAAAGGGGAAAAGACUUGAUUUCAAAGAUACAAAGUGUUGUCACCAAUGUUAAUGUUCUCCUGGAACAGAUAGCUGGCAUUUCUGCAGAAGGAAAUUCUUUGCCUGUAGGAGAUGCUGCCAAAGACCUGGCUCGAGCUCAGCAAAUGGUCACAGAGAUGCAAAACCGCCAUUUUGGUCAAGAGCAGCUAGAAGCAGAAAAGGAGAAGAGAAAAGCUGAGAAUUUGCUGGAUCGUAUAAGAAAUGAACUACAAAAACAUCAGGAGAAAAACCAAGGGUUAAUUAAAAUGAUAAGGGAUUCAUUAAAUGGUUAUGAAGCCAAACUCAAUGACCUCCGUGAAUCUUUGAAGGAAGCAAAAGAGAAAACCAAACUGGCUGAAAAUUUGAAUGGAGAGAAUAAAGUCCUCUUGGAAGAUAUUAAGAAACGGACUGAAGAGAUGACUAUUCAACAGAACAAUAUCUUGGAUCAUCUGAGUUCUGCUGAAGCAGCUUUGUCUGAAACAAACAGUGUAUUUGUAUUACUGCAGAAGAGUAAGGAGGAAUAUGAAAAUUUAGAGGCCCAAUUUGAUGGUGCAAGAAAAGAUCUGUUGGAAAAGCUGAGGAGUCUUUCUUUAGCUGGCAGCAAGACACCUCUUGUGAUGAGGGCUGAAAAGCAUGCCAACUCUUUACAAGACCUGGCAAGACAGCUGGAUGAGCUCAAGAAAAAUGCAAGUAAUGAUGAUCUGGUGAGAUGUGCUGUGGAAGCUGCUUCUGCCUAUGAGAAUAUUAUCAAUGCCAUCAAGGCAGCAGAGGCAGCCGCAAACAGAGCAGCCAGUGCUGCGGAUUCAGCGCUAGCUACAAUGGACAAAAAUGAUCUAGCAGGGAAGGCCAGGAGACUGAAGACUGACAGCGGCAAUCUGUUAGAUCGAGCACAGAAGGCUCAAAAGAAAUUAGAAGGAAUCAAUCCAGUACUUAAAGAAGUAAACAGCAGAGUUGGGGAUGCUCAACACAGGAAAAAUUCCAUACAGGGAGAGCUUACAAUGUUCCAAAAUGACCUUCAGAGGAUAAACAGAGACGAUAUAGACAGCAUGAUUACAAAUGCAAACAACGUUGUCCAAAAUGCCAAAGAUGUUACUGCCAAUGUACUACAAGAACUGGAACCAAUUAAAACAGAUGUUGAAAAUAUAAAAAAUACAUAUGAAAGCAUGCAUAAUGCUGACUUCAACGCAGCUUUGGUAGAGGCAAACAAUUCAGUAACAAAUUUAACAAACAUCCUCCCGGAUCUAUUUGACAAGAUUACAAGCAUCAACGAACAAUUUAUGCCAAUAGGUAACAUAUCUGAGAAUCUAAACCGCAUCAGAGAGCUCAUCCAACAAGCUAGAGAUGCGGCAAACAAGGUUGCUAUUCCCAUGAGGUUCAAUGGCAGUGCUGGUGUUGAAGUUCGACCACCAAGCGUUCUUGAGGACCUGAAAGGCUAUACUUCCCUUUCUUUUUUUCUUCAAAGACCUACUUCAAGAUUGGAUACCCCACGGACUUCCAAUAUGUUUGUUAUGUACCUGGGUAACAAAGAUAGUUCCAAGGACUAUAUAGGCAUGGCUGUUCGGCGCAGCCGUCUUAUUUGUGCCUAUAGUUUAGGUGGCAAUGAAGCUGAAAUCGAAGUACCCGAACCAGUGUAUCAGAGUGAGACCAAGGAUGCCAUUUUGGAUCAUGUGAAAUUUGAGAGAAUCUAUCAGUAUGCAAAGCUGAAUUACAUUAAAGGGGCAACCUCCUCUUCAUCCUCAAGCCUCGGCCCUUUUAAUAGCAACAGUGGAAGUAGUCACACCCUCCUCGACCUGGAUCCUGACAAUGUGGUCUUCUAUGUGGGAGGAUACCCAGAAGACUUUAUACCUCCUAGCACCCUAGUCUUCCCUCGUUAUGAAGGCUGCAUCGAAUUAGAUAGUUUAAACGAGAGAGUAAUCAGCCUAUACAACUUCAAGAGGAUUUUUAAUCUAAAUACAACAGAAGUGCAACCAUGCAGAAGAUACGCAGAGCAGUCAGCUAAGACUUAUUUUGAAGGCACAGGUUAUGCGCAUGUUACACCUUUGCCAAGUACUCCUUCAUCAAGUGUUCGAUAUGAGCAAACUAUUCAAACAACUGCGGAUGAAGGAUUGGUAUUUUUUGCAGAAAACCAGGAUGAAUUCCUUAGUUUAAGGAUUGAAAAGGGUCAUCUCGUAAUCAGGUACAAAGUUGGUUCACAGCCUCCAAAAGAAAGAAGAUCUGGAGAGAUUGUAAAUAAUGGAAUGGAUCAACCAAUUGGUAUAGUUAUUGUUCAGCAAAAGAUUGUCCUGGUUUUAAAGUCUGCAUCACCUUUAGAAAUAGAUGACGUAGCUUUAUUUCGUUUUGAUUCAUAUUACUUGGGAGGAAUCCCUACAUCUCUAAGAGAACACUUCAAUAUAUCAACCCCUCCAUUUCGUGGAUGCAUGAUGAAUUGGAGAACCUCUUUUGAUGCUUCCCCUACUUUCUCUGAUACUCUUGGUGUCAGCAGGAAGUGUUCUGAUGAUUGGAAGCUUGUAAGGACUGCAACUUUUUUCAAGCAAGGAGUACUUGAUCUGAGUGAUGAGGGUUUCCCAUUUCCAAAUGAUUUCCAAGUUGGAUUUGGAUUCUAUACAUUGGCACUGGAUGGAUUAUUAUUUAAUUACAAUCAACGGCCUGAUAUGCUUUCUGUUCUUCUGAGGAAUGGCUCUGUAGUUGUAAGAUUAGCUGAUGAAGAACAGCAGUCUAGCAAGCAAUAUGAAGCUGGUUUAAUGCAUUAUGUAACCCUAAUGAAACAAGGUGACAUACUAAGGCUGUUUGUUGAUGAUGUGCCGGAUUCAGCAAUCGAGGGAACCUUUGGAAGGAAAACUUCAAGUAGACCAAUAGAAAUGGGUGGGAAUAACUUUGAAGGUUGCAUUUCUAAUGUCUUCAUACAAAGAACAGGCCAGAGUCCUCAGAUUCAAAAUCUAACGAAUAAUACUUUGAAGACUGAUGUGUCCUUAGGAUCCUGUACAAUAAAGAAGCCACCCCAGCUGAUGCUGCUGAAAGAAUUAGCAGAUGUCUACCAUUUGAAGCUUUUGAAGGUCAGGAAUCCAGAGAGUUAUAAAACAGAUGCAAGUGGAAAGCAAAACAGUGACAACUGUCCAUCAGAUGCUCCAUUAAAUUUUGUCACUGGAGCAUAUCACUUUGGCAAUACUCCUGGCACUCAUUUGUUGUUUACAACUUCCCAAAUAUCACCAAGAGACAGAUCUCAUUUUGCAGUUGAGGUACGGACUUCGUUAUCUGGAGGCUUGAUCUUCUUCAUGGGGGACAAGCUACAGAGGAGUUAUGUGGCUCUUUACCUUUCCAAAGGACGUUAUGUCCUUUCACUUGCUGUUGAAGAUAGGAGGAAGAUAAAAAUCAAAAGCAAAGCCAAAUACAAUGAUGGACAGUGGCAUAAUGUGGCAUUCAGCAUUGCUGAAAAGAGAGUGCGUCUUGUCAUUGAUGGCUUAAGGGCUCAAGAAGGCAACAUUCCACAUAAUUACUCUGCCAGUAAUGAAUUACCAAUCUAUCUAGGAGAGGUUCCUAGAUUAUAUUUUCAGAAUUUGCCAAAAAAGACUUUUGUGGGUUGCCUGAGAAACUUCAAUGUGGGAGGAAAACUCAUACAUAUUAAUCAUCAGAACAAGGGUGUUCUGCCAUGUUUGGAUAACACAUUGGAAAAUGGAAUCUCUUUCUUCAGUGAAGGGGGGCAUAUUGUCAUCGAAAAUUCUUUUGCAAUGAGUUUGGAAUAUACAGUCGUAUUUAACAUUCGUCCAAGAAGCUUGACUGGUAUUUUAAUCCAUUCUGGCAAUAAACGAAGAAACUACUUAACUGUUUACAUAGAACGAGGCACACUCAUUGCCUCUGGAAAUAAUGGUGCUGGAGAAUUCUCAACAUCCGUUACACCUCAGCAGUCUCUGUGUGAUGGAAAAUGGCACACUGUAGCAGUAACUCAGAAGCAGAACAGUGUGCAUCUAAAUGUAGAUACAGAGAGUAACUACACAAGUGGACCAUCAACUAUACUUUCUACCAGACCAGCACAACCACUGUAUUUUGGGAGAGUUCCAGUUAAUUUGAAAACCCCAUGGCUUCCUGUUCAAGAUGUGUUCCAUGGCUGCCUGAAGGAUGUUAAAAUCAAUGAGAAACCUCGCUUACUCAACAGAAUGUCAGACAUUCAUGGUAUUGUCAGCUUACAAGGGUGCCCUGUCAAUUAACAGUCUACCAUGAAUCUUAAAAGUACUGUACAAAUUGCCACAAUAUGUUUUCACUCCUUCUCAUCCUGUGUUAGUCUUGUAAUCUGUGGACCAUGCUAUCAUUGUAAAGCUUCUCAUGAAAUGUUGUUUGCUUGUACAGAUUGCUAUGUAUGACAGAGCCCUUGAGUGUACAGAGCAAAAUACAAAAUGGCCCUGUAUAUGACACAAUCUGCUGAGGUUCUGCUGUCGGCCACAGUGAUGCAUAACUAAAGUGAUUCUAUUGACAUAGAAGCCCCAGUCCUGAGGCUCUUGCCAAGACAACUGCUGUCCAAAUUAGAACUGGAGGAUUUGGAAAAUGCAAGCAGAACUUCAUAAAAAUAUUUAAAAGGUUGCUGAAUCACUUCUUUUAUACUGAAAUGUGCAUUACAUAAUGACAAAAAUAGCAUGAAUUUGAAGCACUUUAAAAAAGAGAGGGAACCCAGAGGUGAUAGUCUUCAGAAGGCUAUGACCAAAUAAAUACAAUUUGCUUAUUAAAAAAUCUCCACUGUAUUUAUUGUACUGACACUUUCCAUGUAUCCAUCAGCAUUAAACAAAGAACCGAACAGGCUCUGUCACUGUCUUGGUGCAGAAGAUUUAAUAUCCAUAUGAUUGUUCUAUGUAGAGCAAUUUCCCUGAAUAAUACCACCAUUAGAAUAAAAAGAGGCUAUUUCUAA